UCCUUGUGACACAGGGAUGACUAAUUUCCCAACCGGUGUUUGUUGUCCGAUAAGAAAUCCUGUGACUAAUGUCACAUCAACUCUUUCAUCACCGUGUGUGAAUAGUGCUAGUGACCAUUUGUUCACGGUAUUUGAUCGGUAGCACAAUGACAGUAUUCUAAACGCGGAAACUAGGUAGAAACAACUGACGCGAACAUGAUUUUAUUUGAGCGCUGCAUCCGGUUGCUGCUGUCAUAAUUAUGAAUCUGCAGAUUUUUACACACAGUUCAGCACUAAUUUGACGCCAUAGUAUUAAAGUAUUCCCUACUUGAACCAAGCUGUCCUACUUCAACCCUGAUGAUGGAGUCAACUGAAAGAAGACCGAGUAGUGACUAUACUGAAAUAAUUAGCCGUCUUCCACUAAAACACCGUUUAGCCUAUGGUGUUGGCCAUGUUUUGAAUGAUAUAUGUGCGUCUAUGUGGUUUACUUAUCUUCUAGUAUUUUUUCAUUUGGUGCUACAGUUCAACAGUUUUUUAGCUGGCCUAGUGCUGUUAAUUGGACAAAUAGCAGAUGCAGUAGCCACACCAUUUGUAGGAUAUCAGUCGGAUAAAGAUGACAACUUUUGGCUCUGCAAGUACGGAAGACGCAAAACAUGGCAUUUGUUUGGUACAGUGUGUGUACUAUUCAGCUUUCCUCUGAUAUUCUCACCAUGCUUGAACUGCGAACAUAGCCAUCAGUGGGCUCAGCUUAUAUAUUAUUCUGCAUUUGUCAUCAUCUUCCAGCUGGGUUGGGCAUCAGUACAGAUUUCACAUCUUUCACUAAUUCCUGAUCUCACACCAAGUGAGCAUGAACGCACAGAAUUGACAGCUAUAAGGUAUAGUUUUACAGUCUGUUCCAAUGUAUUUGUGUACAUUAUUACAUGGGCAAUUUUGCACUUCACAAGUGAAAAUUCAGAAGCACAAAUAGGCCCAAAAGAUUUAACAAAAUUUCAGAAUGUAUCACUGAUUGGGAUUGGAGUUGGUGCAUUUGCAUCUCUGAUAUUUCAUCUGGGUGUCAAGGAAGCACCACCACGCAGUGAUGGCUUAACGCAUGGUCCAGGUGGCCGACGCACAGCAUUACACAUGCUGAAAGAUAUUCAGCUUUAUCAGGUUGCAGGAGUGUAUAUGGCAACUAGGCUCUUCGUCAAUCUCAGCCAGGUUUACAUCCCUCUGUACCUGCAUGAAUCACUGAGUAUGAAUGCAGAAAGCUUGGCAAUAGUUCCACUUGUCAUGCUUCUGUCCAGUUUCGGAACAUCAUUGCUGAUCAAAUUGUUAAACAAGAAACUUGGCAGAAAGGUAGCAUAUUUAGUAGGUGCUGCUGUGGGGUUUGCUGGGUGCUUAUGGAUCCAAUUUGGAUAUGGCAGUGCAUUUGUUAGAUACGAAAUCUAUGGUGUUGCAGCUUUAUUGGGUGCUGGAGGUUCCAUAAUGUUGGUGACAAGUCUUGGUAUCACAGCUGACUUUAUUGGGCAUAAUACUGAAAGUGGUGCAUUUGUAUAUGGGGCAAUGAGUUUCACUGACAAAUUGUCAAAUGGAGUUGCUGUAACUAUAAUACAGGCAUUGAAAUGUGGCACACUGUGUGUUGACUACUACCGAGAUGUAAUGACAUAUGUGUGUGGUGGUGCAGCUUUAUUUGGUGUUGUUGCUUUAGUGACCCUGAUGCCAUUCCAGAUAGGGAGAAGAAAGGAUGGUGCGGCACCACCAUACAGUUCACUGACUUCUGAAGAACAAACAGAUGGCUUUGUUAAUACCAGCAUCCAAAAUGAAAAUCAAGCUGGCCUGAUAUCUUAAUAUAUAAUUAUUGUUACUAUAUGACUGUUGACUGUGAUAUAUUUUGUAAAUGGUACUGACUCAUAAUCUUAGUCACUUAUAAUUUGUUGUUGUGUGUGAAGUUUUAUUGUACCUACUGUUCCAAAAAAUUUGUUUCCUUGUUUGUUUAUAUAUAUAUAUAUAUUCAUCGUCAAGUAUGUGUGCAAUGAUUGCUUUAGCAAAUGUUGUAUUUAUUUAUUUGUUGUUUAAUGAGUGUAGUUUAAAAAUGUUUUGCACAGACACUACAUGGAAGAUAACUGGCAGGAGACUUUCAAAACUAUACUUCAAAAGUUUUGUGAUGUUGCUUCCUAGACAAUGCAUUUUUUUAGAAAAGAUUACAAGUAGUACAGUUUUAUUUUAUUUAUUUAUUUAUUUUUAAUAUUGCUUGCUCUAUCUCUAAAGAAUUUCAUUCUAUACUUUCAUCUCCAGGUGGAAACUGGAGUAGUGUAUUAACAAGAUUAUUUGUUGCUAACACUGCACAACUUUAAUACGGAGUUUCUGUGAACAGAUUUUAUUCAUAACAUGUGUGUUUGACUUUCAAGAAUUCCCAUAUGUACUCAUAAUAAGAGGUAUUUGUAUUUCCCACUCCAUUUAUGGCUGACUACCUGAAACUCUGUUUUAGCAAACAGCUAGCAGUUACCUGAUCUUUGUACUAUGUACAUAAUUUGAUAAUGCUACAAAACACUUUGUAAAACUUCUUGUUAAAUGUAAUACAAAUGGGAAAUUUUAUAUUGGACUAAGUUUCACAAUUGUUGCAAACAGUUUAGAUGCCCACUUUUGAUAUUACUGGCAGACUGGAAUUGAUUUUGUACUCAUUGGUUACACGUAGCCGCAGCAUCAUUGACUGUAGGUACUUUCCUGCCAGUUGCUGGUGUGGUUUCUUGCUUUUAUCAGCAAGUCCUCUUUCUUUGCAGAGCUGUUGCCAAGCUUGUGUGUCUCAAUAGAUUCUCUCUAUAGAAGGUUUGAUAUCUCUUGACAGCAUAUCCUACAUGUGCCAUCAAAUUUUUUUUUUAAUGAUAUGUCAUGCUGAAUCACAGCCACCAGUGCCGAUAAUUUCAGCGAACCUGUCAUUGAAUUGUAAUUUUCCACAGUUCUGUGGUAUUCCUCAAACUCCCUACGCUGUGAGUAGUUCUAUCUUUUUGUCAGUUUGUAUACCAUCUUUAUGCUAUGCUUGCAUUGGAAUUCCUGAUAUUUCCUCUUGUGGUGUAUCUCAGGCUUGGUCUUAGUGAUGCUCCUGGCACUCAUGGUGUUAACUGCCCUGCUCCUUGUGUCUGAGGUGCUGUGGCUCACAUACUCAUCUCAUCUGGACUAAGAGUACUGAUGAUACUUUUCUGCAAGAUGUCAUAAAAAAGUAUCCCACAGGACAAUGUGAGGAGAGCACUUACAGUCUGCACAAGUACAACAAUGAAAGCCUCAUUAUCACAUCAGUGGCAGUGCACUUCUUAAUUUUUGUCACCUAAUUUCUGUACAGGAACACAUCUUACAUAGUGAAUGUCAAAAAAUUAUUCUGAAUGUGUCUUCAAUUGAAAAUUUUUGUUCAGCCAUGUUGUGUUGCAUUGCUAUGUCAUUAGGCUUUAUAAUUCUUUUCUCAGAAAUCUGAUCAAGUUUAAACAUAGAAAAUGAAAUUAAGGUGUGUGUGCGUGUGUGUGUGUGUGUGUGUGUGUGUGUGCACAAUGUUCAGUUCUUAUAAUAUUGUGUUAAAAGACCCAGGGUAGACAGGUGGAAUAAAAAUGUUUCAAACAUCAGAUUUGAAUCACCUUGCUCACUAAGUGUACAGGCUAAAAGACUUACCAUAAACACUAUGGAACAGGAGAAACAUAAAAAAUCUAUUAGCAAUGUUCUGUUUUAUAAGAAUAAUUGUAUAAUAUUAUUGAAUCACAGUCAAAUGUUUUCCUCUGACACAUUUUUAAGGGUCCAUAAAGCUUGAUAUGGCCAAGUGUGGUUUUUAAAAAAGCUAGAUAAAUCGUAGUUGUCAACUGUGUUGAAAUGACUUACAGGUUAAGCCUCCAUUACUCUGUAGAAUUGAGUUUUGCCACCACCACCACUCAGGUCAUUAAGAUCUAUUGUUACGUGCAUUUGUAUAUAAACGAACUUGAGUAGUUAUCCCUGCCUACAGAAUAUUUUUCCUUAAAUAAUUUUAUUGGUGCUACAUGUGUAAAACUAAUCAUGUCAGAACCUGAAGGAAAAUUUUCAAAUCUAAAUUGCUGAUUUUUUGCUAAAUUUUGAAUACUAUAUAGUAGUUCAAGAAUUUUUUUUGCUUCGACAUGUCUUAAAACUUAACAUUCUGUGUCGAUGUAGUGAAGGAUUUCCUUAUGUUUAAUUAUUAUGGAAGCACCUCAGUGAGUUUAUUAUGGAAACAUUGUAUAUUACAGUAUCAGUCAGACCACAUAGUUGCAGCUCACAGAAUGUAGAACAAAAACAAUCUGAAAAAAUUAGAAUUGCCUGUGAGCUUGCAAGUGCUAUUUGAUAUGUCCUCUCUGCAAUUGUGGGCCCUAGUUCAAACGUGUUCAUAAAUAGGGCCAAGAGAAAUGCUGCUUUACUUAAAGCUUUCAUAUACUUGUAUAUGUGACGACAAAUUCUUAUUUGAUAUUUCCGUCCAAUGAGGUAUUUUCUCCUGUAAAAUCCUCUACUUUUUAUAACUUUUUGCUGUCACACUUUAUCACAAAUUUGUGAUAAUUUUGACUUUGGAAAAGUAAUGUUUCAAAGAAUUAUUUUUGUAACUUUUUCAGUUGAAUGUGAAACUCCUAUUACAUGUAAGAGUGAAUAAUCUGAAUACCACUUUGCACUUUUAAGUUGCAUGGUUUCAGCUGUGUUUGUCUUAAAUUAUUAUGACUUAGACUUCCUGAAUAAUCGUUAUGUUAUUUGUACCUCAAAUAUAAUGACACUUACGUGAAAGUAUGUCAUUACUAUGCUGAAUGUGGGUUAUCAACACACUAUAUAUGUGUUUUGCCCUCCAUUGAAGGUUAUAAUAUUGUGUGUCACUAAAUGAAUUAAUCUCUUUUAGCACCAAAUGUAACAGGCAUUUCCUGUAUGAUAAUUCUUGUUAAUCUUCUAAUAACAGCUCAGAUGCUGACCAGUUUCUUCCUUACCACAUUCAUGGUUUGAAGAUUUUGUACUUAAUAUUUUAAUGCCAACAUUGAUAUUGGUAGGAUUUGUGAAAUAUAUUCUGUAUUAAUCAAAUUAAGAAAUUGAAUCUGCUGAAAAUAAAUGUUCCUACCCCUUGAAUCUCCUAUAAGUCACAGUUAUUGAUUUUCUCUGAUUAUUUAUUUACGUUUUUCAGUCAGCUUUGAUGAGAUAAAAGCUAUAUAUCCACAUGCAUUUCAUUUUUGUUUUUGAGUUGACUUUAGUUUCAGGUUCAGGUAUUGUCUUGUGACAAUUAUCCCUUCCAGAAAUAUAAUAUUAGUCUUUAAGACAAAAUUCUGUUGCCCUGUUUUUGCCAUUGAUUCCUACAGAUAUCAAUGAAUAACAUUGUGUACCUGAAAAAUGUGUAUUUUUCAGCUCUUACUGCUGGCUCUUUCAGCAUAAACACUUGAAUAUGUUGCAAAUACUCACUCAGAAAUUAUUUGUAGAAUUGUUACUUUAAGUUAUCCUGUCAGAAGUGUAAGUACUCAGUUUUGUAUUACUAUGUAAUCAGAAGGUUUCUUGAAAACUGCUUUUUGUGUAUCCUUUACUUACUAAAAUUGUGAGACCAAGACAUUGUUUUCAUAGCUUGUUGUUCUUAUUUAUGGAUCACAAAUCUUCAUUGUCUCUUGUAUAAUUUUAAAAGCACUAUUGUGAAUGUUGUCAUGGUACUAUGUUUGAGUCGAUAUGGAAGAAUUAGUGUGUUCUAAGGUUACACAUUUUUUAAAGAGCACAAAGAGAGAUAUUUAAUUAGCACAAUGUGAUAAAUUAUAUUUUAUAACCUGCAGAAGUUUAUUUAUGUGAAUCAUUUAUAUUUAUU